GAGCAGCAGGGACAGGAGGGGGGAGGAUGGUGCUUGAGCAGACGUGUGCAGCACAAGAUGAGACCUCUGAGGAGCAGAGGAGUGGAAAGACGCUGGACCAUGAGAAGCAGUACGUGGGCUUUGCCACUCUGCCGAACCAGGUCCACCGGAAAUCUGUGAAGAAGGGUUUCGACUUCACCUUGAUGGUUGCAGGAGAGUCGGGUCUGGGCAAAUCCACGCUGGUGAAUAGCCUGUUCCUGACAGACCUCUACAAAGACAGAAAGCUCCUCAACGCAGAGGAGAGAAUCAACCAGACAGUGGAGAUCGUCAAACACACGGUGGACAUUGAAGAGAAGGGUGUCAAGCUGAAGCUGACCAUAGUGGACACACCAGGCUUUGGAGAUGCUGUUAACAAUACUGAGUGCUGGAAGCCCAUCACUGACUACAUCGACCAGCAGUUUGAACAGUAUUUCCGUGAUGAGAGCGGCCUGAACCGGAAGAACAUUCAGGACAACCGAGUGCAUUGCUGCCUCUACUUCAUCUCGCCCUUCGGGCACGGGCUGAGGCCUGUGGAUGUUGAGUUCAUGAAGGCUCUGCAUGAGAAGGUCAACAUUGUGCCCCUGAUUGCCAAAGCCGACUGCCUGAUCCCCUCCGAGAUCCGGAAGCUAAAAGAGAGGAUCCGGGAAGAGAUUGACAAAUUUGGCAUUAAAGUGUACCAGUUUCCUGAGUGUGACUCUGAUGAAGAUGAGGAGUUCAAGCAGCAAGAUAGAGAGCUGAAGGAGAGUGCUCCCUUUGCCGUCAUCGGCAGUAACACUGUGGUGGAGGCGAAAGGCCAGCGAGUCCGUGGACGGCUCUACCCCUGGGGCAUUGUGGAAGUGGAAAACCAGGCACACUGCGACUUCGUGAAGCUGCGGAACAUGCUGAUCCGGACACAUAUGCAUGACCUGAAGGACGUCACUUGUGAUGUUCAUUAUGAGAACUACCGAGCUCAGUGCAUCCAGCAAAUGACCAGCAAGCUGACUCAGGACAAUAGGAUAGAAAGUCCGAUUCCUAUCCUGCCUCUCCCAACACCAGACACUGAGACAGAGAAGCUGAUCAAAAUGAAGGAUGAGGAGUUACGGCGGAUGCAAGAGAUGCUGCAGAAGAUGCAGCAACAGAUGCAGGAUCAGUGAGAGGCAGGUACUUGGAGGACAGAGGGAAUCCUCCAGUGACCAUCUGAGGCCUGGCAAGAGCUGUGGAUGUUUAGAAAAGGUUUCCCAUUUUAUAGAGACUUGUGGGCAAGAGAUGCACCCGCACCCUCUAAUUUAUUAGCAGCAAUGCUGGCUUUGCAGUCAGCUGAUUGUGGAGGAGGCUGUUCACUUAACAGUUUACUGAUGUGUAUUUCUUUUUUUAAUAAUGAUUUUUUUUUUAAAGAAAAUAGCCUGGGAAGUCUCAAAGGCAUCCUAAAAAAGAAAAAAAGAAACAAAAAAGAUCUCCCUUUCCCGUGUACUAAUUUCUUGUUUGGGAAUGCUCUGGUAUUUAAAGUCCUGGUUUCUCUGGUGUACGAACUUGAAGACUAUCUGUGUCGAUGCACGUAAAUGUUUACUCCCAAUUGAGGUGCUGUGCCCCGCUCUGUGUUCCCUUUGUCCGGGGCCAGCACAAGCAUUGUAAAAGCAGCCGUACCCUCCUGUGAGUUUGAUCUGCGCUGCUUGGGCUCCUCAGCCUGGGGCCAGCUCUGGCUCAGACAGGGGGGUUUCUUUGUGCACUGACCUGCUCAGGGGUCCUGAUGGUUGCCUGGUUUCCUGCCCGGGUUUUUCUGGGUUUUUUGUUUAGUUGAUUAGGUUUUGUUUUUCCUAUCAAGAAACUCCAGGAUCUUUGCACUGAGCACCAAGGGACUGAGUCUCUUGAGGUCAGUUAGAAGAAAAUGGCUUCUGCUGCUCUCAAUUAUGUCUUUCUGGCAGAGAGGAUGAGGUGUUGACUGUUGCCUGCAAGGACGAGAUGAUGGGAGUGAGCACCUUCCUAGCCAUGGUUACCUCCCACAGCAGGCCAGAGGUGUUGGUAGAGGAACCCCAGAACCCUGCAGUAGCUGGGUGAGGGUAUCUCAUGGUUUAGCUCUAGUCAUCCAGCUGCAGCCUGUCUCUGGUGUCUGCUCUGAAAAGCACCAUGGCAGCCAGAGUGUUUUGCCAGGACUGCUUUGGAGGGGGUAGAAACCUUAGGGCUGAAAUCCAACCCCAAAUGCAGAGCUGUGCUCUACACCCAGGCUUUGUGGUUCCACAAGUGUGUUGCUGGCUCUGAGCUUCUCCUGGGGAAAGGGGCAGGUUUUGCAGGCUUGUAACAGAGAUCUGCAAGCCACCUGUCCAGGGAGGUGUUCGGUGAGUGUGGCAGGUGCAGGAGUGUCAUCGCAUGGGGCUGAGCGCAGCCCAGCAGACUUGGCAUUUGCUCUCCUGCCCUUCCCCUGGGACUCAGCCCCGCUCCCACUCCCUGGUCUCCAGCUCUUCCUGUCUCAGUGCCUAGUGGAUCUGCUGGACAGAGAUAAGAGCACUCUUUGGGCAGCUGCUUCUGUCUUGUUUUUGCUUCCUGCAGUAUUUUUAACUAGUCCAGCCAGACAAGAGCCCCAGAGUGUUGAUGUGCCUGACGGAGCAGGUCUCACCAGCAACACUGCCGUGCUCACAGGGAAUUGGGGCUGUUGGAGGGAAGAGACACUUUGCUCUUCCCUCUGACUCAGGGAGUGCUGCCAUGGGCUGGGCCCUUCUGUUCCUCUGGCUCCCAGUCCGAUUCCUCUGUCCCCUUUCCCCCUUUGUAUCUGCUCCUCCAUCUCUGGCUCUUCCCAGUAGACCUCCCUGGGUAGGAAGCACAGUGUUAGCCAGGCCCUAAAUUCUGUUAUUUGGCACUGCGUUUGUGUGAUUCCCUGGUGGGGCUUUAGAGUCCUGAUCAGGGCUUGUCCAGGUGGUGAGUAGGUUGGCUGGUUCCAGUUAUUCACUGUACAGAGCCUCAGCUUAGCCAGAACAUGGGCUGUAGGGGCAGGGGAGAGACCCUGGCACAGUGCAGAAGGACAAAGCGAGGGUGGAAGCUCCUUGGCAGAAAUGUGCAAGUAGGGCAAGAGCAGUGUCCAGCAAUGGGCUUUUUCCUUUUGUUUGUUUCAUUCUCCCCUGUGCUGGGCUCGUAAGUGGCAGUACCAGCCUAGGAGAGGGGAAGGGUUCAGCUUGUCUUCAAUAACGUGCAGGACCAAGGUGCUUAAGGAGGAAAUGCAACCUUUCUUUGUACGAUGUGCUUACUUGAGCAGUGGAGUAGCCUGAAACAGGAGCUUCCUCCAGGUUUUCUGGAGCUGGUUUGCUGCUUCAGGAGGACUGCCAAGUUCUUAGCUUUAUCCAUGCUAGCAUACUGGGAAACACCUUGCAGUACCUGUCCCCUCUCUUUUCUUAUACUAGUGGUGUCUGUGAGGAGGAUGUUCUAUUGCAAAUGAGCCCUGUCCAGCUAGAGAAGUUCCUCUCUCAAAUACAUUCGUUCCUAGAAGAUAAAGGAGACCUUUACCCUUUAGCAUGGACAUAGAGGAGCUGACAGCUUUUAUCCUGGGCUAUGUGUGGACGUGCUGUGUGCUGGUGAGAGUGCAGGGUACUGUGGUCACAGGCAGGCAGGAUUACUGAGGGUGAAUCUGCCCCUGUCCCUCUGGGUGAGGAAGGCUCAUGACUCUUACAUCAAGUCAAUAGUCACAAGUCUGUCCUCUACAGACAGCUGAAGGCUUCGGCUACCAACUGGCAAAGAUGGUUCAAGCUGCACUUAGAAAAAAAUGCACAGGAGUGAGGCACCAGGCAUGGCUUCUACAGAGGGGUGGUGGUACUGCUGAAAUCAUGUCUCCAUGUAGGACAUUCCCUGCUCAGAGCACCAGAGUUUUGGGGCUGCCUGGAAAGGGAUAGAAACUGACUUUGGGGGGCACCAGGGAUUCAAACUGUCCUGGAAGGUGGCAUCUGUUUAUUAAAGGAGGAGUGUUUUGUACUGCUGCAUUGAGCUGCACAGUAAGCGGAGAAGAGACUCCUGAACAAAUGUAGCUUGGCCAUUUGGCCCUGGCAGUGAGAAGCGUGGAUAGGAAAGUAAUUUAACACCUCCCCUCACACAACCCUCCACAGUCUCAUAUGUGACCCCUGCACCCCCAGGCACAUUCCUGUGCCUCUGCCAAGCUUUGCCCUGCUGAGUGAGUCACUGCAGGCAUGGUGUCCCACUCUGCAGAGCUGUCCCAGGCUGCAGCUGGGGCUGCUGGCACAACCUUGUGCCUGAGCUGUGGCGUGAACUCAUGUGCUGCCGCUGUGCUGGUCCUGCCUGUGCAGUCCUUGCUGCCUCCCCGCAUGCCUCUCCCCUCCCCGAGAAGGAGGGGGUCCCAUUCUUUGUGCUCUGCAAUGGUGUUCCCUGCUCCUCCUCACAAGCCCCACUGUGCUUUAAUGCUGGCUUGCUCCUGCCAUACAACUUCCUCACCCCCUGCUCCAUUCCUAGGCUCUUUGUUUCCUGUCCAUCUGUUGGGUUAUUAUAAUAUAUAUUUUUUUUUGUAAAUUUCUGUUUGAACAUUUUGUCAUUGUGAACAAAGAAAAAUGAAACCUUUUAAAACAUAUCCAUUUUAUUAAAUGAUUAUUGUUAUUAUUAUUAAUAUGUUUACUACCUGAAUUGAUCAGUGAAAUAAAUACAUUCAAAAAAGCAACAUCUUUCUGUUUAAUUUUCAGUUCCCUCGAGCAGCAUUGGUGAUACAUUACGGGCAGGAGAGACCAAAACUGACUGUUUCUCAUUUUAUCUAAUUCCAUCAGAGCAGGCUCCAGGCAAGGCUUCCUGCAUGGGAUUUCUGGCCUGUGCUGAAUGAGAUGAUCCUGAAGUUCUGUCUUUAAGCUUCCCCUAGGAGCAGUGUCUAAAUCAGCAAUGGGCAUCUGGGCAGGAUCCAGUCCCAGGAAAUCCGUUUUGUAAGUAGCCAGAGGAGCAUUGCUCAGUCUGUGCUGCAUGCAGAGCCACGAUGGGGCUGGCUCUAGAUCAGCUCCAUGCCACACCUGGCCUGGACACCUGCCUGUGAAUAAACGUAGCACCAAAUGCAUGAGACGAGGAAGGCCUCAUGUGGGAGGUGUCCCUGGGAUGAGCCUGACCUUUAUCUUGCCAGCCAGCUGCAAGGGGAUUAUCCGGGAGGUCAGCUAUGCAGCUGCAAACACUCUUGCACUGGCUGGACUGCCUUAAGACCUUCUUCUUGUGUUGUAAAACCAGCAAGAAAGCAAGGAUUGAACUAGUUUGAGCUCUCGCAUCUCCUGUGAAGGACACCAAAUUCACCCAAUUUUAGAAACUCAUCCUCAGAACAAACCAACAGAAGACCUGGGCUGUGGUGUCAGUCCUAGAGUGUGUGGUGUCUACUUGCCUGGUCUCUACCUCAUCCAGUCUCACCAGAGGGGUGUUUGCUGGUGAAGAUGAACAGUGGAAUUCUCUUCUUGUCCCUCCUUGGUUUCCUCCCACUUGUGAUACCCAUGUGCCCUGUGCCAUGCAAGUGUGCCACCAACAUUAUUGACUGCAUGUCAAAAGGCUUAACUGUAGCGAAACUACCAGUUGCUUUCCACCCUUCGGCUGAAAUGAUCCACCUUGGUUACAACAAGCUCACCUCUAUUCCCAAUGGGCUCUUUGACAACCUAAAGAGCCUCCAGGUAGUCUACUUGCAGGGCAACCCUUGGGAAUGCAACUGUGACAUCCUCUACUUGCGCUCCUGGAUCCAGUGGCAGCAGAACCGGACCUUAUACAGGGAUGUGAGAUGCAGCUCCCCAGCGCACCUGCAGGACCGGAUCAUUGCCUAUCUGACAGAAGAUGAGAUCAUCUCCACAUGCCAGCACUGGUACUGCAGCCUGGCUCUUCUCUCUCAGCUCUGUCUCCUCAUCCUCCUUUUCCUCCAAGGUAUCUUGGUUAUCCUCAUCAUUGUUUACCUGCAGAAAUUUCGGAGAAUGACCGUUGAAGCCCGGAGUACCUUUUAAGAUCUAUACCAGCAUGUAGACACCUGGCUGUCUUCUUCAAGAAGCCCCUACAACAGUGAUUAACAUCACCAGACUGAAGAACCUCCUCCCCCUUGGGUGAUACUGUGCCAAGGUCAUGUCGUUUGUGAUAUUCAGUGCAGCAUCUGAUCCUGACUGCAGUCUGAAACAGGACUCAAGCUGAUCAGACACUUGCUGUAUUUCCAAAGACCUGAUCUUGUGUUUUUUAAUGCUUUAAACUCUGGUAUGAUCUUGAUUGCUUUGCUGGGCUGGGAAUGGUUCUGGUUUGGUAGACUAAGGAAAUCAUAAACUAGAGCAACCAGAACUGACUCAAACUGCCCAUAAGCUCGUAGGGACUAUGCUGCUUAAUCCCUCCUAUGCAAGAGUAUUUUGGCCAUACUUUCCAUGAUGCUUCUGGUUGCAUUGGGUCAGGUGAGGACAGAGGUUGACAGUGAACAUUUAAGGUACUGGACUAGGACAGUGGAGAAAUACAGUUUCCUUGGUGCUACCACAGAUUGCCUUAGUAACUUUGGACAAAUGACUUAGUCUUCCCCUGCCUCAGUUUCCCAUCAGUAAAAAGAUGUUUCUUCUUGCUCGAUGCAUCUUUUCCAAUGUUGUUCUCGGGGAGGGAGGGAGGGAAUGUUUAGAAGCCUACCCAUUUACCCUAUCUUGAUUCCUUUUAAUCUACUUAUAGUUUUAACACUGACUUCAACAUGUACUGAGUCAGACUGGGGCCCUGAAGCCAAGAGUUGUUGAGACCAGAGGCUCUUUCUGAUUGUGCUUGUACGGCUCCUGGCACAAGAGAUCCGGUCUGUUGUAGAGACUCACACUGCAAAACCCACUGAUGUGCCUUAUGAUGUCCCUUGAUUAUUUUUGGAAUGAAGCAAAAUUGAAAUAAAAUAAUGAUGCAUGAUGAUGUAA